GCGCCCCUUCUUUCCGUUCCGGUUUCCUCGCUCGGUUCCGAAUUCUAAUCUUGCAUCUCUCUCGCAUUCCAACGAACAGGGCGAUGUGCAGCGAUCGGAUGGACCAGAUCCUCGAGGAGGCCUUCAAGAUCGGCGGCCGCGACAAGAAGGGCCGCAUGGUCCUUCGCAUCGUCGGAAAGUUCUUCCCAGCGAAGGAUUUAGCGGCCGGCGGAGGGAUGGAUGCGCUGCGGAGCUUCCUGGAGAGGGCGGUGUUCCCGCAACUCGGAGGGGCGCCGUGCGUGGUGGUGUAUAUGCACGCGUGCGUGCAGAGGGCCGACAACUACCCUGGCGUCGCGGCGCUUCGUUCGGUCUACGAGGCGCUCCCAGCUGAUGUCCGCGACCGGAUCCCCGCCGUCUACUUCGUCCACCCGGGCCUUCAGUCCCGCCUCUUCUUCGCCACCGUCGGCCGCUUCUUCUUCAGCGCAGGGUUGUACGGGAAGUUGAAGUACGUGAGCCGGCUGGAGUUCCUGUGGGAGUACAUCCGGCGAGGGGAGAUGGAAGUGCCGGAGUUCGUGCAGGAUCACGACGACGAGCUCGAGCACCGGCCGCUCAUGGACUACGGCCUCUUUGAGAGCGACCGCCAUCAUAGCAUCUUCGACGCGCCCGCCAUGGACUCCACCGCCUCCAUGCACUCCCUCCGAUGCAUCUCUUAGCUUAGCCCUCCGUAGCAGGGUCGCCACCGGCGUCCAUGUUUUGCUGCGGUGGCUGCCCUUUUCAUUUUGUGCGGAUCUAAACAAAGCCCCAAAUGUACAUAAACAUAUCAGUGCGUUUUAGUAGAUGGUGGUACGAGAAGAAUAAAAAGUCUGGCCCACCUUUUGUUUGGGUAAAAAAAGUGUGCGAUUAGAAAAUUUGAAUAUUUUUGUACUCCGUCCGGUAAAAGAUAGAUUUUUUUGGUCUCAACGGACUUGGGGUGUUGGUUUUGUAAAAGUAUUAGUUCCAUGUUAGUAUUGGUUUUUAGAAACACAGUACGAAUGUAUUUAGUAUUAUAAAAUAAAAUUUUUAAAUAAAUUUUUUCUCAAAAUUUUAUAUUA